CAUUUACCGAGGAAGAGAUAACGAAAAAUUUGUGUUUUGUUUUGUUUGUUUUCCUUAGUCCCAAGCCUCUUACGAUCAUGUGUAUGAAAUUCCUUUGAUUUUUUGGUUUUCUCUCCAAAUUCCUUGAGUUUUGUUUUAAAAUUAAUCCAUCCGUUUCGUUUUUUGUAAUAGCAGUUAUGGGUCUGUUCGGGAAGUCACGGGAAACUGACCCUAAAGCUCAGGUCAAUGAGUGGACUCAUAAAAUCCGGAAAGAAGGUUACCAAUUAGAUCGUCAAAUCAAUGCUAUUAAAAGAGAGGAAGAAAAGGUGAAAAGAACUUUGAAAGAGGCUGCCAAGAAAGGAGAUAAAGACGUUUGCUUGAUCCUUGCAAAGGAGAUCCUCUCAGCAAGAAAAACAAUCCAGAAAAUCCAUACCUCCAAAGCCCACUUAAAUUCAAUUCAGCUGCAAAUGAAGAACCAGUUGGGUGUCCUGAGAGUUGCUGGUUCUCUUCAAAAGUCAACCGAGGUCAUGCAAGCAAUGCAGCGUCUUGUAAGAGUCCCUGAAGUGGCAGCCACAAUGCGAGAAAUGUCCAAAGAAAUGAUGAAGGCUGGCAUUAUUGAAGAAAUGUUGGAUGAAACCAUGGACUCAGUUGUCGAUGAUCCAGAAGAUAUGGAGGAGGAAGUACAAGGAGAAGUUGACAAAAUUUUAUGGGAAAUAACCGAGGGACAACUCGGUCAAGCACCAGCUGCUGUUACCGAUACCCCGCAGUCUGUACCUGGCACAUCAAAAGCCGAAGAGAGCACCGUGGACGACGAGAAAGAACUGGAGGAGAUGCAGAACCGAUUGCAAGCGCUGCGAGGUUAAUGUCAGCAGGAAGCAGCGGAGAUAUUAAGUUAACCAAAUCGGUUUGUGAUAUCCUUUUACUUGAUCGUGUUUCAUGGGUCCUACAUUGUUUUAUUUUCUUUUUGUGUACAAUAUUGUUGCGAAAUGUUAUUUAUUUAUUUUCUAAUCUAAGAGUUUUAUUUUUUAUAAUUUUAACCUUACACCGAUGGUAUUAUUGGAAUUGUAGCCUUUCAAAUGGAUCUCUCUCCUUUUUUUUCAAAUUCUUCUGUAAAUUUUCUGAUCCUGAAUAUUGCCUCACUUAAAUUUAUGGUAUAAUACCAAUACCUCUGUAUGAGCUAUUUGUAACAAUUUGAUGGCUGAACGCAAAAAACAGUCCCAACAUUUAAAUAUCUCAGACUACAUUUGAGUUUCUGCACAGAAAAUUAAUCGAAAUGUUUCCUUGUAAUUUUUCGUGAUUUUUGUUAGUAUUAGUGAAGAAAACUGAAAGACAAGUAAAACCUAAACAGAGACUAACCAAGUUGUAAUGUAAGAUUCACUUUUUAUGACUUCAGCCAUCGAAAUGUGAAGUAUGUAGUCUCCAGUCAAGAUAACCCAGAUUUGACGUUGUUUCUCUUUUUCUGGUAAAUUUCAAGAAUAUAGUCUUUGGCAUCUCUUAUUUAUUUAUUUAUCAACAUUGCAUUCUCAUCAAAUCAACUUAAUUUUCGAGUCAAAAGAUGGCAAAUAGGAAUCUAAAAAAAUUGGCAUCUCCUCAACUGCUUUAAUGAAAGUAACAAAAGUAAAUUUUUUAUCCUUGUUCAUAUUUGAAAUUGGAGAAAUAAAAGGAAAAAAAAUUGUAGAAAGAAUGGAUGAAAAAUUCACUAGAAAGAACAAUAUGCUGAAGAAUUAUAUUGGGUGGAAGCACUCUGUGUCCAAGUAUUACAGCGUUCCGAGUCUUCUAAAUUAUUUUUCUCAGCUAAGUUCUGAUAAUAUCAUCUCUGUUACUUUUGCUUCAGUUUCUAUGCAAGCCCUUUUCCCUCUGUCUUUUUUGUUUCUCCCGUCCUCUUUUCUCUUUUCCGAGUGAUAAUGUUUUGUUCUUACCCUAAAAGGUAUUAUCUAGUAUCAAGGGCAAAGGAGCGCCAAAUAUCCUAAUGUCAUUGUGUUAUGGAUGCCCAGAUCAUAAGUAGAAGCAAUCAAGAAUGGCAAAGUUGGAAAUAAGUAAAGAUUGUUUUCGUCAAUAGUUUUUUUCCUUCUUUUGUUUUUUUUUAUAGUGCUUUUUAGGGGAUCAAUUUCCCUGCCUCAGUUUUCAUAUUAAAAAUGUUUGCUCAUACUCUGUGAGGAGCGGAAGUAAAAUUGAAGCAUUUAUUCUUAAGACGCCUGACGGUAGUAAACCCCUCUGUGGAUAGACCUUUUUUUUUCCUUAUGUGGGUGUAACUAAUGAUACGCAUUAAUGUUGAAAUGGACGGCAUUAAGCAGAAAGGGACCAAGUUACAUCAGCCAUUGCCAAAUGUCAUGGAACAAAUUAUUUUUUUGCAAGAGAACAAUUUCUCAGAUUCUCCAAAAAAUUGCAGGGAAUUUCCUACUUGUCACUGGAAAAAAUUCCUGCAAUCUGCUAAAGAAUCUACAUUACCAUUUCCCUGCAUAAAAAUGAAUCAUCCGAUGAAAUUUGGCAAUAGCUGAUGUGAUCUAGUUCCUGGCUUCCUAAUGCGGUCCAAAUUGAAAAGCGCUUAUCUUGACCACAAUUUCUUAAAAUGUCCACUCUGUGAAGAAAAAUGAAAUGCAAGUGUCACUUGGAAAUUUUUUAGAGUAUGUAUUCCUUAUACUGACACAAAAUAGCAGAAAAAAAUUUAAGGAAUGACCUUUCUUUGUCCUCUACAUUAUGUAUUGAAAUAAAAAAAAACACAUAUGGUUGCAUUGUUAAAAAUUUGGAUAAGUUUUAUGUCAACUAAAUGAUCAGCGUGUUCAUCCUAGCUCAGAUUUAGUCAUUGAGGAUAACAGUUUUGUGCAGCAUAUUUGGACUACAUUUUGUAUUUGGGAACCACAAUUCUUGGCUCAUCCGUAAAAACACGCAUGUGAAUCGGGAAACCAACUGGUACAUACGUUGUUUCUAAACUGAGCCAGAAAUUGUAGUCUUAAUGCAAAAUGUCCAUUUGUUACUGUGCUCAAGCAUUUAUUUUCUACCUAUAGACUCAGUAUAUAUGUAGUUUUUUUUGUCAUUUUGUAAAUACAUCUUUGCGAUGAUCGCAGACUUGCUUUUCAAAAUGCAUUGCUCACGGGCAAACAGUACUCAACCUCCCAUUGUCGACAAGCUAAAGGAACGAUAGAUAUUUUUGAAAGUACUUAAGCAGUGUUUGAUUAGAAUACUACUCCAAUUUUAUUGUAAAAAAUAAAUGGAUACUCCAUUUAAGAGUUCCCUCAUUUCCAUUCUGGAUACUAGUUAUAAACAUUCAACAAUAAGUUCAUUCAUUCUAAUAAAAACUAAACAGUUACAAAUUUAGAUUAAUUUUUUCCAUUUUUUCAUGCUGAUAGUACUCUUAAUGAGCCUAACACUAUAUCAUUUAUUAUUCAAGUAUCGCAAUCACUUCUGUUCAUUUUGCUACUUUUAUAAUUUUUAUUUUGUGUAAUCUCGAACAAGUUGGAAUAUUUCUUCUCUUGUAGAGAAGUCAACCAAGUGCAAUCUGCAAAAAUUAUCUAUUUUUUUUAAUCUAAUCUUGCUACAUUGAAAAUCACUGGAUCACACAAACUAAUAAAAUCGGUAUCAAAACUUUACAUUAUCAAGAUGAAUAUAUAUUAAAAAAGAAAAAAAAAUUUUAAAAGUUUCCUUUCGAGACCCACACAAGAAUCAGUUAAAAAACUCAUUCAGCUUUGUCCAAAAUAUUUAAAGGUACAGUAUUUAUUGACCCCUGUCCUUGAUCAUAACAAGGCUCUGCACUGUCUAUUUGUCACCCAUGGACUGGCCCAGAUGUUUUUCAAUAAAUCCACAAGACAGGGUAAAAAGUACUCGUCUAAAAGGCAUAUUUUUGUAUCAAAUGUCACACAGUAUAUGUUCAAUGUAACAAAAAUGUCCAAAAUAGAAUCAUACGUGAAAAAUUAAUGUUCGUAGUUUACUUUGUAAGUACAAACUUUCUCCUCUCUGAAAAAACCAUUAUCAAUAGAGGUCAAAUCAGCCAUUAAAAACAAUAUAUCAAUGGCGGGUUCGCAAAACAGCGUAUCUUCAUUGUAGUGUUUCAAGUUUGCUGCUAUUUUCAAAGAGAAACAAACCAACUUUAUAGCUUGAAAUUUAUAUGGAAUAUUCUGUUAAUGGAGAAGAAAAAUCAUGAAAGUCUUAUAGAAGUCACGUUGAUCAGUUUUCAAAAAAAAAAAAACAAUAAAUUAUGACAGGAAGUCUGCAGUGUCACAGUCGGAGAUACGUGGUUUCGAACUUUGACCGUUGAUAUACAUGAGGCCAACAACUGGAGCAUGAUUUUACACCCAUUUCACUCCUUUUAUGAUACAAACCAAUCUUGUCAAAAAAAAUUAGCACACAGGAAAAUUCUGCCAUUAAAAAGUAUAACAAAACUAGUUUUGUGCCUAAUUUGACGCAAGUAGACCUCACAGUUUUUGUAGCAGGGAUUGUGAGUUGACAUGCACAAAAAAUGCCUUAUUUCCCCCUAUGAGUUAGAUUUGAAAAGUUUUAAUGCAUCUAUUGUAUUCUGCAUAUAAUUUUCACAAGGAAACUUGUAAUAUUGUGCUUAAUUUUGUUCUCUGUCUAGUGGUCCAUUGGUUUUUUCCCCUCAAAUCCCUGAAGCUUAAACCCUUUACAUUUUUAUUUAAAAUGUGAUAAUUGAUCAAGCCAAUUUAGAUACGUAGUUGUUUCCAAAGUACCUAGGUUAGUACCCCUUUCAGUGUGUGUAGUUGCGUCUGAUGUGGACGAAAGCAAGAUUUUCUUUCCUCAAGAAGUUUAAUGAAAAAAAUUCUGUCAAAAAAGUAUUUUUUGAGAAGAACUAUGGAUGUAAAUACAAUACAUUUUUCAACUAUUUUUACAUCUGUAUGACUACGAAAUGCCGUUGAAAACCAUCGGAAGUAUAACUAUAAGCGAAAUUAAUUUCCUCUCACAUUUUUUGUUCCUUUUCUUAUUCUUCCCUUCACAAAUUUUCCCUCGUAUUUUAUCUGCUUCUUCAUUUCUCCUCUGUGUUGUCCUUUUUGUCGUGUUGCUGAAGUUGAAUUAUUGACACUGCAAGAGCCUCUCAUCCUUUUUUCUAGGAUAUAAGGAAAUUUUUCAUUAAGCUGUAUUUUGUGUUACUUUUUCCCCAAGCAGGAAUAGUGUUCAAAAUCGGAUUUCGUUUAGUUAUCAGUUUUUUUCAUCAAGAAAUCUAAAAUGGAAGCAGUCUCAGUAUUAUUUAUUGUCUGAAAGCCGUAACUAUCAAUUUUUCUUCUUCCUGCAUUCAAUUUAAACUGAACUCGGACACAGAGACAAUGGAAAUUUACACCGAAGACAAAUUCAUCAGUGUCUCAGACACAUCAGUGUACAUCAGUCUUCAUCAGCGCACAUCAGACUUUUCCUACUCAGAUGUUUUAUUUUGUAAAAUGGAAAUGAAGCAACCUUGAAACUUGUCUUGUGAACGUAUUCCUCUUAAUUUAAGAUAAAAUCAGAAAAUUUAAAGGCCUUUAAGCAGUUUUCUCUGUUGAGAAAGUGAAAAAUGAUAGAUAAUCAGGGAACAACAAAUGCAGCUAGGCUAUUUUUCCGGUUAAUCUGGCCAUAUAUAAUGAAACAAUUCAACUCUCUUUGUAAAUUGUUGAGUUGUCUCCUGGAGUUCAUGCUAACUAAGUUUUGCUGAUUUUUUUAAUUUUGAGGGAAUACUGUAGUGAAGAGAUUAACUCACAAAACUCAUUAUUCUGACUUUAUUUCGCAGCCAAAUCUUUUGGUUGAUUCAAAUUUCAACACUUAAAUGGUUGCUAAUCAUAAAUUAAAACCCUAAAUUCUUGUUCGAUGGAUUAAUUUUAUUUUCCAGUCUCUGGUAAAUUUUCUUAUGAAAUAUUAACGUCCAGUAUUUUCCUUUGCUUUGUAACUUGUCUCCCGUACAGAGGAACGUAUCUCGUCUGCACUAUCUCGGUACCUCUACAUACUAACAUUUUAUUUUUUCGAGGGAAAACCAUUACACAAAUUUUUUCGAAAAUUUCGGUGUCUUUUCUUACAAAGGUAAAGAAAAAUCACUGGAACUUCAAGCAGGCAGUCUCAUGCCACGAUUCUCGCAUGUAAAAAUAAAAUGUCAACAAGAAAUACUGAAACAGCAUAAUGGGUUUAAGUUUCUCAGCAUGGGAGAUGACGAUUUAGUGGCUAUUGGAUGCCUUAUUUUUGCUCUUUUACAUUCAAGCAACAAAAAAAGUAAACUGAAAGGAUUGAACUACCUUGUCCUUUCAAAAAAUAUUAUUUUUAUUGAUUAACCGAUAAUAAUUUUUAAUUACUGUAACUAAAGCUGCUUUUUUACCACUUGUAACUACAUAGACCAAUGCUGACAGAAAAGUACAGCUAACUAUUUCUUGUAGGUAAUUUACAUAGUAUGUUUGUUAUCACCAUCUUUGCACUAGUCAUUUAAGUUUACAAUGUUUUGGCAGGCAAAUAAAUCUGAAAAAAUAAAAAAGUCAAAUCUCCUGGAACAAGGUUUAAAAAUUCCCAAGAUUCUUAAACGAAACUUGCUUGGAGCAAAAUGCAGAGACAUGAUGUCACUGAAGCUCCUUGAUCAUUACGAUCUCUAUGAAUGAUCACAAUCUGUGCCUAGUGACCAGUGCGUCUUGCCUCCUCUGUUCAUUUGAUUCUUAAACGCUUUAAAUGUACUGUUGUCUCAAUACAUUUCAAAGGUGAAUCUGCAAAAACGCGUGUCUCAAUUUGUGAAUUUGCAGAUUUCCCGUCAUUCUUAAUUUGUUUAGAAGGAAACUUCUCAAUGUCAUCUCUAAAAAAUUUUCGUGAUUAUCAUCCUAGUAUGAAAAAUAUUUUGUGAAAAUUUGAAGUAAUGAUGUUGGUUUGCUUUUCUCUUAAAAAUAAUAUGGGAGCGAAGAUUUUGAAACACCACAAUUGAGGUAUUCUCUCCUGCAGUUUCAUUGCAUCAAUUUGGUUAUACUGUUGUCUUUCCAAUAUUGCUGCAGGUUUCAAUCACAGACUUUUUCAAAUCACAAGUGUAUUAUUUUUUCUGCCUAAUAAACUGUCACCAUUUGCAUCUUA